AUGACAUGUCAACACCUGGUCAUCGUCGGCGCUGGCUUUGCCGGCCUCUGGAGCGCCAUGGCCGCCAGGAGGCUCAUCGAUCUACACAAGGCCCUGUCCCGCGAGCGGUCGAUCCAGGUCACCGUCGUGGCACCUGAGCCAGAACUCAUCCUUCGACCACGACUCUACGAGGCAAACGUCGCUAGCAUGCGCGCAUCACUCGUUGAGCUCUUCGAGGCAACCGAUGUUGUCUUUGUUGCUGCCCGUGUCGGAGUCAUCCGCCCCCAGGAUGGCGAGGUCGACGCCGUGGACAGCACGGGGGCUGAUAUCACAAUCCCCUACGAUCGCCUUAUCCUGGCCCCGGGCAGUCGGCUGGCUCGGCCUAACAUCCCGGGUCUGCGGGAGCAUGCUUUCAGUAUCGAUCAGAUCAAAGAGGCGGUCCACCUGGAAGACCACCUUCGGAGCCUAUCCAAGCUCCCGUCAACGGCGUCGCGCGACACCAUAGUCGUGUGCGGCGGUGGCUUCACGGGGAUUGAGCUUGCGGCCGAAUUGCCCGAUCGUCUGGCCCAGAUAUUUGGCAAGGAUGGCAACUUUCGCGUCGUCAUCGUGGACCGCGCAGAUGUCAUUGGGCCCGAACUAGGAGACAACCCGCGUCCCAUCAUUGCUUCGGCCCUCGACGAACUGGGGGUGGAGAUGAAGCUCGGCUCCGCCGUCGCGUCCAUCGAUGCGAGCGGCGUAACCCUGUCGAGCGGCGAGCGCAUCGACACUCUCACGGCCGUGUGGACGGCGGGCAUGGAGGCGAACCCGCUGGUGAAGCAACUCGCGGCCCAGCGAGACGGCAUGGGCCGCGUGCAGGUGGACCGGGACCUGCGCAUCCCUACCCUUCCCAACGUCUUUGUCACGGGCGACGCGGCCAGCGUCGUCACCAAGGAGGGCGGCCAUCUCGCGCUGCAGUCGUGCCAGCACGCCCUGCGGCUCGGUCGCGCGGCCGGGCACAACGCCGCCGCCGACUUGCUGGGCAUCGAGGGGCGGCCGUACGAGCAGCUCAACUACGGGACCUGCCUGGACCUCGGCGGCUGGGGAUCGCUCAUCACGGACGGCUGGGAGCGCACCGUCCAUCAGUCCGGGGCUGGAGCCAAGCCCAUCAAGCAGUUUAUCAACCAAACCCUCAUCUACCCGCCUCCUCCGGACGCCUCGGCGGCCUUUGCGGCUGCUGACCCGGCCGACGAUCCGCCUCCCGUCAAGGCUUUCCUGUAA